AUGGCUUUAUAUUUUCUCGUAUUGCUUCUCUUUUCACUAGCUGUAAAUCAAAUCACUUCAUCUUCUAGUGAAGAAUUAGAGCCGAUUUGUGGUAAAUGUGUUCGUUAUGUCCAAGGCUUUGAUAUCACCGGAGUGACAAAUGAUGUUCAGUACACAUUCCAAUCAAAUAAAAUUGGAAAUCCAUGCGACUGUUACAAGAAGUGCCUUGAAAACUUCCAAACAUGCGCCAAUUGGGUGUGGAAGUUCACGGAUAACUCAACUUGUCGCACUUGCACAUUAUAUUCAAAUUUCAAUCUACCUCCGGGUGUGACAAUUGGCUUUGAUUUGGCUACAUCGGUCAAUAUUGGUGUGAUUGGUGGUGGCUCACCACAGCAAGGUGGUCUUGUUCCUCACUGUCAAUAUUUCGACAAAUUUGGAAAUGCUUAUGGUUAUGACAAAUACUGCUUUUCUGGACCACUCUGGGCUCUUGAUAAUCAACAAUUUCUGUGUUAA